UUGAUUAUUGCAAAUACUAGAAACUGUGGGAUGGGUGAUAAUAGGUUAUGUUCAAUUUUAGUUAGGUUAUGUGCACAUUUCCUCAGACAUCGUACCGUCACGAUUGAACUGUAAUCGGAGGUAGAGAACAUUUGAGAAAAGUGGUGGUACAAUAAAUUGACACACCUACACGAAAGUCACGUGCAACUUCGUUGUAUGUUUUAUAAAUAAUUAAUAAAUAACAUUUCACGUUUAAACAAGAGCUAGGACUCGUACUACAAUAUAAAAUGUCGACUGCAGCUGAACUCUCCGAAUUGCAAGUGUUUAAAACGGUGUUUCUUCACUGCAUUUUUAUAAUCGUGAUGCCGGUUCUUUCAUUUUUCAUUUCGAAAAUAUUCAUUUUCGACGGACUUCUAAGUUUGAAUACUGUUCCAAGCAAUGUCUACGCAGCAGGGGUUUCAAUCAUCGUGCUCCACACUGCUUUAGGUGCUUUCAUUUACAGAGCAUACUUCGACUCUCAACCUAAAGUGCAAGUGAAGAUAGAUUAGUUAGUUUACAUUUCAGUUUCUGACACAAGAAGAAUUCAUCAUGCGACAAGUACUAUGUAUAAUGGUAAUUUAAAAAAAAAGUUGACUACCGAGCGCAAACUGGAAUUUCAUUUACACACUUAAUGUAAUAACAUGUACAUCUUUUGUGACCCUCUACGGAAUUUCCUGCUAAUAAGACGAGCAGUAGUACGAAUGUUCAUAAACCAAUUGAAUAAAUAAGUUGAAAUUCUGUGAUGGAAACAAAACACGAUCUUCCUUUACUAUAUUUAAAUAAUUUUGAAAAAAACAUGCGUGUACUGUAAUCAUUCUUACAGACGUUUUCGGUGGGCAACGACAAUACAGGGUAAAUCUAUUAAAGUAUCGAAUCGAUUCAAGAUAAUAUGACUUGAUUGACUAACACCGUGUGCCUUCGCAUCAUUCAACUCAUUGACUCGCAGCUUCGACACUUGUACGGAUUCGCCUUGUAAAAUUAUUCAACAGAAUCAGUAGGUAGUUACUGUAUUAUUUGUUUAUAACAAAGACUUUGGAAUUCUUUAAAUCUAAUGACAAGAAAUCACAUGUAUGAAAACGCCAUACAGGGAUUCUAUUAGACUUUUAAGGAUCUACUUCUGUUUAUACUGUGAAUAAAUUAGAAAUUAAAUUCCUUUUGUAUUUACUAAAAAGAAAUUAAGUAAAUUAUAAACCGAUUCUACCAAUCCUGGUAUGGUGGUAUCUAUAUCAGUAUUCUUAGAAACAAAAAACCAUACUGAAAAGAUUAAUAAUUCAAACUUAAUUCUAUUAGGCAAUAAUGCUUAUGUAGUUUUUUUUUUUUAACAUAUGCUUGUAAUUAUGUAAAGAAAUAUUAAAUAUGCUUACCAAUUAUCAUUGAUGUGUACUAAAUGAAAGGACAAAUCAGCUACUAUUUGUAUUAAACAAAUCUAUUGCUUAGCGAAAAUAUUAAAUAGUAAAAGUACCGACAUAUUUUUUAUCAGUAGUGAUACUUCUCUCAACGGACACCUCCCAAUAACAGAUUCCUCUUUACAACGGACAGUCUAAAAAGGUCCAGUAGCACAAUUUACACGUUAAUGUUGUUCUAAAUAACAGACAAUAUUUUCAGUCUCGAAGGUGUCCGCUAUUGGGAAGUUUCACUGUAGUUACAGAGGAAGAUCUACAUUCUAUGGUACUAAUGCCGCGCUUAUCGGGCUGAUAUUUAAUAUAAUUGUUAUAAAAUUUUUCUUGUAUAGGUCAACUCUUUAUUCAGUUACUUAGCAUAAAUAAUCACAUCAGGGAUAUAGUACGAAGAACGGUGCUUUUAAUUUUAUUUAAUGAGAAAAAAAAAUGCGUAUUCCAAGAACGACAAAACCAAAGUGAAACGUAAAAAAACAAUUGGUUAGAACUAGGAUUUUUCACGAAAUAAAACCUAUUAAAGGAUAUAUGUACUAUCGUCUGAGAGUUUUGAAUUAAUCUUUAAAAGAGAAAAAAAAUGAAAUUAAUGGGAACACAUGUAAAUACUUAGCAAUUAUGUACAACCUUGCACACAUGAGUAUGCCUAAUUUGUUCCUGGGUUAAUUUAAUUUGUCUCCGUAAUAGGUUACUUCUCACAUGUUUCAAAUACAUGGGUCACUACUUGUGAUAGUGAAUAGUUAUUAUUUAUUGCAAUAUUAAUAUACUCAAUAUUUUUUUUUCACACCACAGUGUAUAUCUCGGUACAUAAUUUUAUGGAUUUAUUUUAAACAUUAAUUCAUUUAAGUAACGUAAAUGCAACGCGUAUUAAAGCAGCAGAAUCUGACUACAGGCCAGGAAACGGUGGAAUGAAUAUUAGACAUAUUGUUUAAACACAUAAGUCGCCAGCGAUAUUUCCUAUCCAUAAUUUAGUUACUAAAUCUAUUACAGCUGUCGCUUUGUACGUUUUCAAUUACAACGUAUAUAAUUACUCCCACUAUCUGUAUUACGUGGUUGUUGUACGUCGCGGGGGGUUCUUAAACAUUGAGGAACUAGCUAUCGAAUAAAUCUUAGCCCAGAUUCUGAUAAAUAAUCUUAUCACAGAGUACCCCGUAUAACGAAAUUAUCGAUUUCAACAACUAUCUUGUCAUACCACAGAAGUAAUUAUAAAAAUUUUCUAGA